AUGACGUUCAAAUUUCCUCUAGACUCGGGCCCCGCGACCCCGAAUAAAUCGCGCGGGCUUUUCGGCGACAGGUCGACGACUCCCUCUGGAAUUCCGCCGUCCUCUGCUCACUCCUUCACUCCUCAAGGCCCUCCGCCGUCUACCAUCUACGGGAGCUCCAAGGCAGGAUCUCGGACCAAGCUCGAUUUUGGCGACUCGCUCUUCACAAAGUCCGGAAAUUUUGGAAAUGAUAGCAUCUUUGGGUCGUCGGUCGCCUCCUCCGACUAUCGUCCUCAGCCACGCAAAAAGAACGCUACAUUUGCUCCAGCCGAUUCUUAUUUCAACCCAGCAAACAGUUUUGGCGGGCAGAGCUUUGGAGGCAACAGCGAAUUUAACCAGUCACAAAUGAGUGAGGAUAUCGAGGAGGAAACGGAAGAGGAGGAGAUGGAGGAAGAGGAGGAUCUGGAGCCGGAAGAUGGCGUGGGGGACGAUACGAUGGACUUGGGAAAGGAUGGCAGCUCUUCAAGAGGCCACCCGGGCUUUUUGGACUCUUACAUUGGCAACACACCAGCUCCAUCGACCAAUCUGGCGGGCUCAAGGAAGUCGAUCUACACCAACCCGGAUAAUGCCAAACGACCGAAACUGCAUGAGCCGUGGGCGAACAGGUCGCCGCUCGCCAAGUCUAAACUCACACCUAAAGCAAGCUCUGCAGUACCUUCGAUCGCUCGAGACAUGGCUGCUAGAUCGCGCCUUGCGCACGUCAACGAACCCAGCAAUCUCAUUCUUGACACGGAGGACGAAAUCUGCCGCAUGUGGGAUACAGCAAGGCUGUCGGAAUACGAAGACUCCGAUUUUGAUGCCAUCCUGUCCGAAGUUGCUGGUAAGCUUGCCGCCAUCUGGCAGCUCUCGGCAGACCAAAGCGGAGUCUCGCGACCGUACGUUGGGGCAGAUAUCGGCCCUGGAGACAAGACCCCCAAUCUUGUCAAGGCAAGUUUCCUCGGCUCGUUCAUGCUUCAGAUCCACCAUCCACCUCUUGUGACCCCCCAACCAGGGAGCAACGCCUUGAUUCGUGCGCCAUCCCAGAACCCCAUGCUAGCCCGCCAGCCACAGCAAAUCUUUACACCGAUGCCGAAGAUGCUACUGGACUGGCUGAAUACCAAUCACGUCACUGGAGCCGCUGAUAUAGAGAGCCUGCGGAGCGUUGAGCCCAAUCCGACCGCAUCUCCCAACUUUUGGGAGAUCAUCAAUGCUGCUGUUCUGCGAGGUCACUUAUCCGAGGUAGCCGAAGUUUUACGGUCCGCAGAUUUCAACUACGCAAGGUCUGCACUGGAGGAUGGACUGCCGCAGCCUGGUUACCGGGGUGUCCAGCUGCAGAACAUUCAGAGAUGCAUCAACAAGGCACGUCAAUUGCUGGACUCCUGUCCAAGCGUCCAGGGUGGCAACUGGGAUGUCAAGAGCGCGGAGUGGGAAUCGUACAGAAAACGAAUCAUCGCUGCACUGACUGAUCUCGAGGAGUUUGCCGAAGGCGAAGAACCACAAGUCCCAGAACCGGCCAGCACAGAGAAUCGAUUCCAAGCGGUCAACUUCGGUCUGACUUCAAGUACCGGCUCCAACAAUUUCUUUACUCAAUCCGCGCGCAUGGCUGGCAGCCGUGUGCCGUGGGCCAUCUACCAGAGCCUCAAGGCGUUGUACCAAAUCUUGCUCGGCGAUGCGGAUGCGAUUGCAUCUUAUGCGCAAGACUGGGUCGAGGCCUCCAUCGCCCUUACUGCGUGGUGGGAUGGGGAGGAUGAUGACGAGAUUCUCGGACAGGGCGCCAGGGACUUAAAAGCUAGCACUGCGAGCAACAACCUGGCGCGCUCCCGCGGCGCGAGAACUCAGGCUCCUCGACCUGUUGACGUGAACCCAGCAGAGGCCUAUCUCAACCGUCUAUCCCUCGCCUUCAGCAGCAUGACUGAUGAGACUGUGGAAGGUAGCUUCCGUCUCAACUCGCUCAGCAACCUUGAAGUGGGCUUGGCAUCUAUUUUUGAAGGGAAUACCGAGAGUGCCCUGGCACUCCUCCAGGGCCUGUCGCUUACCAUCGCCUCGGCGGUGGCCGAGGUGGCAUCAGCCGGUAGCUGGUUUGAAGGAGCUGCGGGCGCGAAGCCAUUGUCCAAGCUUCUCAACGAGAACGACUUGAUGGUUCUUUCAUACGGGCAAGACACGCCGUCAUCGGCAAAGGGGCUUCGCAAGGACGACGUGUUGAGUGCCUACGCAACCGGUCUCUUUGAGCGGUCAUCCAUCAACAGUGGUGUGAGUGCUAGGACCGGGUGGGAAAUUGCUCUCGAGGUGCUGAGCCGCCUUGACGACGCAGAGAGAAUGCAGAAGAGUGUCUCGGAGCUGCUCGAUAAACUGCCUCUUGAUUCAGCCGAUCAGAUGGAUAAAGUCGUGUUGCUGUGCACAGAGUUAGGCCUGGACAAGGAGGGCCGAAGAGUGUCAGAGCGAUAUGGCGACCUGACUGUCUCCAACUCGGAAGACUAUGGUCUGGCGCUCGUCUGCUACGCUCGUGCGCAUAGUCGGCGGAAGGUAAAGUCGGUGGUGGAUCUGCUCAUCUCAUACAGCCUGGUCCAGUCGCGUGCGUAUCCGGUCACUGGGGAUCUUGACGAGCAGCUCCGGUCCCUCAUCGCGGAACCAAAGACAUGUCUGUCUGCCAUUGCGUCUGUGGAUGACGAGGCGGCGCAGAUUCUCCAGUUUUAUUUCAGUGGAUAUGCCACCCUCCGUCGUUUCUAUGAUAUCCGGGACGAAGCCGUGGGGGCCAAGGAGGGACAACUCCCUCGCUUGAAGCCUUUGGCUCGGCGGCGGGCAGCGGCACAAGCCCUGGUCGCAGUGAUCAGCAGUGCCGCCGAUAGCAUCUACGGUGGUCUCUACGAUCCGGACCGUGACUCUGCUGUCCAAGUAGACGGACUCUUGUCACUCUUGGGCGAAGCGUUGGUGUUGAUCAAUCAGCCAACCCCGGUAUUGUCCAUGUCACAACAAUUCACCAUCCUCUCAGCCAUCGAGGACCUUGAAACGGUCACGCCGCGCGUGUACGCCCAAUGCGAGGAGUGCUUCCGCUCCACGCUGAUCGAGUACCAUCACUCAUCGUCGGCCGCCAAUGGCUCGACCGGAACGUCGCCUUCGCUCGUUCUUCCGCCGUCUCCGCGCGCUCUGCUGAAGAAAUCCGUCACCUCCCUUACCGCCUCGAGCACGUUUUCCUUCAUCGGCAGCGACAUGGUGGGCUCCGCGCGCACUCGAUCCGGGUCUGGGUCUGGGUCCACCAGCAGCUCCGCCGUGCUGGUCCCUCACCCGCGCGAAAGGAAAAGCCCUUCGUCCGACCGGGGUUGGGACUGGCGGGCCGGGCUGUCUGAAGAAGCCAGGGGGGAAGAUGUGCUGCGCAUUCUGCGACUGGGGUUGGCACGCGGGUUGAGCUUUGGGGCGCUUGGCUCGGUUUGA